CUUAAACUAGGUCGUGAUAUAAACACCGAACUCUAUUUUCGUUAGUUUCUUUAAAACUAGCUCAGUAAUUGUGAACAAUAUACUGCAUAAAUUUAACCGAAAGUUUCUAAACCUGUUAAACACGUUCAGAGUGAAUGUGACUCAAAUAUGCGGAUUUGCAAUAAGUGAAUUUAUAAUAUAUACCUUCAUGCAGAUAUAAAAUGGCGAAUAAGGAAGAAACGUCUGUGUUGCAGAAAGGUUCGGAUUUACUAAUCGAUUACUUUUGUUCUGUAUGCGAGGAUAAUGACAAUUUGAUAGAGGCACAGUCCUAUUGUGAGAGUUGUUCUAAGUGGUACUGUGACCAGUGUGUGUCUCUUCAUGAUCAGAUGUACAAGAAGCACACGACGCUUGGAAUGAGUGCUAAAGCGAAAUGGCCAGUUGCCAAUGUCGUAGCUGAGCUUUUGUCACAAUGUGAGGAACAUAAAGGAAAGACAAUUAAAAUGUUCUGUGCAGAGCAUGGUCAACUUUGCUGUACGAGGUGUGUACUGCUCGAUCAUAGGUAUUGUAACAAGGUAACCCAAAUCACAAGUGAAGAACACAAACAAAAACAUGACGAUUUACAAAAACUGUCAGCUGAUGUAACUUACUUGACACAGCGCCUGCUGAAACUAAUAGAACAUAAAGAAUGUAAUAUCCAGUCACUUCAGUGUUCCUUUGACGAGGUUUUAGAAGAGAUCGCGCUGAUGCGUAUGAAGUUCAAUUCAGCGUUAGAUUCAUUAGAGCAGCGUACGAUAAACGAAGGAAUAGCUUUGGUAUCCCGUUUGAAAGAAUCUCUGCAAGCUGAUAUAGACUCUGGCAAAAAGGCUUUGAACAAGAUACAGUCCUUCAAAGAAGCAGCCGAUAAAAUUGGACUACACGAGUCAGAACUAUCUACCAUUGCGUUUAUGAAAAUCCAAAAAGAAUUGUCAUUGUCAGACUUAUUUUUACGCAUGGCGACAGUAACAUCAUAUAGCAAUUUAUCAUUCGAACCAAACAAAGAGAUUGAAAAUUGUUUGGCAACAAUGACAUCAUUGGGUUAUAUUCUGUCUUAUAAAUCAAAUGCAAUCAUAACAGCGACACAACAAUCACUGUACAACGUAAAACUUAGUGGUGAGUCAUCAUGCGAAAUACGAUGCAUUUGUGAGAUGUCCAACGGAAAUAUACUUCUUGCCGAUUCUAAGAACAACAAGGUUAAGAUGUUGGAUAAAGAGUUCCGUGUUAUUAGCCAUUGUGAUAUGCCAUCAGAUCCUCGGUACAUUUGUCAGGUUUCAGACACUGAAGUGGCUGUAUCCGUAUAUGACUUAGAAAUAGUGCAUGAGAUUCACUUUCUUUCCGUGACGGAUAAUACUCUAGUGAAGAAGAAAUCAUUAAAUCUGACCCAUCCAUGCACUGGAAUUCACCAUUAUAACGGUCAGCUGUUCGUCACUUCCAGAACAGCGUUGUACAGGUACUCUAUGACGGGCACGCUUCUGGACAAGUUGUAUGAAGACAAUUCGGCAGUAGAUACAGUAUGCAGGUGUGCAGUGAACACGGAUGGUGAAAUGAUUUAUGUCGUAAACUAUUCCCAUCAAAAGGUCCUUACCUUGAACAUGAAAGGACAACUCUUGGCGUCCUUCACUGACCCGGAUCUUCAAAGCCCGAUCGACUUGCACCUCUCAACGUCAGGACAAGUGUUGGUCUGUGCAACCAAUUCCAAGAACAUUAUUCAACUCAACAGCGAGGGAACAGAAAAGAUUGCUAGUGUGGCUGCGUUGAAAGAAGGAAAGAGUGUGUUGUCUAUUUGUAUGUUAAGACGAACUGGUUAUGUGCUUGUUGGAAGAUCCGAAACGGAUGUCAUUACCGUGUUUGACACAAAAAGAAUGCAUAUCAACUAUCAAUCUGAAUAGUAUUAUUCGUAACGAUGCAUAUAUAGAUUUAAGCGGGUAUUUUCUUUGAUUCACUGUAUAAUCGGUUAUAAACAAAUCGUCAACGUUGGUUACAUAUUUUUAUCACAACAUGUUUACUUGACCUCGUAUUUUAAACACAAUGCGCGAUUUUUUCUAAUCUUACGAACGUUUGCUUAAGGAUUACACCACAUAAAAACGUUGUCGUGCUUAUAGGUAGCAGUUUUGAAUAGUUGGUGAAAUAACAUGUAAAUUUAGUUUGAAGUCUUUGCGUUAUUUUCAUUUUUCGUUUUAUUUAAACAUAGCUUUUUUACUUUGAGUACAAAAUAUAAAAUACAAAUCCACACAGUCUUGUAAGAUUUGUUUAAAAAGAUCGGUUAACGCAUCUGAAACUCACUCGAAUGAACCCGCCUGGUUAAAUCCACUACGCGGUAAUAGGUUUUUCAAUGACAUGAAGAAUUGUGCACUAUAUCUUCCAUUACAUUUCAACUUGCAGACAAAUCAAUUAUUAAACACUCAUUGAUAAAUUAAUUACAAAUAAUGAAAAUCAUUAUGCACACACAUAAGGUGACUCACGAAAAAACAGAUACAUAGAAUCAAGCAUUAUGGUAAAUUGAAGCUUUAUAUUUUGUUUUAAAAAAUGGCUUAUUUUAUUCCCUCUUUAUUCUUGUCAUCUGGUGAUCUAGUUCCCCGUAAAAGAAACUGUAUGUCACAAGCGUGGUGUUUUCAUGGAGAAAUUCCUUAUUGUAUUAAAAACAAAAUUUCAAUCAUGGGGUCAUCCUUAAAACGUUUUCUCAAAAGUCAAGCUAAUUAAAAACAUUGGUAUGUACAUUGGUUUAGAAACUUCAUUCACUUAGCAAACAACAUUCAAAUGUUUUGUUACGAAUAUUAACUUAUUAGUGUUCAGAUACGUAUCAUUAUGACUUUAAUUUGUAAAUUGUUUAAUAAAUGAUUUUCUUCAAUGUUUAACAAUUGUUAAAAAUACAUCAUAGUCGGUCCUCAAAGUGACAAGCACAGCUUUAAGCCGCCCAAAUUGAUGUUGGAAUAUUUUCCCAUUUUUGUUAUGUGUCGCUAAAAAGUGAUUAUGAGUCAAAAUGUGUUUGUAUUUAUGUCAGAUGUGCAACAACUUUGGUCAAAAUCGGUCAAGAAAUGCCCUAAUUCUGUGCAAAGAUAGGGCUUUUCAAUUUCUGUGCAUGUACAGAAAUAACCUAAAUUUAAACACGCGCAGGUCACAUGUAAAACCACGUGACCAUUGCAUCAAUGUUUACAACGCUAUUUGCAUGAAUCAUGUCAUUACCCGUUUACAAUUGGACAAGCAAACAGACAGGAUAUAGCAGCGUAAUGUUUUUUGCAGCGUGAUUUUUUGUCAAUAUAUAUGCAUAUUACUGGACAAAUUUCAAUAAACUUUC